GGAUAGUGAACUUGUAAAUUGCAAUUUUGUAGUCAUCCCAGGUAUAAGCUUACAAGUCAAAGAUCUAUUCAGAAGAAAAAUCUUGUACCAUUCAAACAGAUGUAUUACUUUCCUCUUACUCCACGACUGCAAUGAAUGUAUGCUUCCACAGCAACUGCUUCACACAUGCGAUGGCACGCUGAACAUGAAGUUGAGAAAGGUGUGAUGCGUCACUGUUCAGAUGCACCUGCAUGGAAGCAUUUUGAUAAGAUGCAUCCAUCUUUUUCAGAGAAAAAUCGUAAUGUUAGAUUGGGACUGUCCACUAAUGGGUUUCAGCCAUUUGGUCAAACAGGAAAGCAAUAUUCAUCUUGGCCAAUAAUUGUGACACCAUACAACUUACCUCCUUGGAUGUGUAUGAAAGAUCCAUAUUUAUUUUUAUCGGUUAUAGUUCCUGGACCAAAGAAUCCUAAGGAGUAACUAGAUGUCUUCUUGCAGCCUUUGAUUGCUGAGUUGAAGAACCUAUGGAAUGUAGGUGUCAACACAUAUGAUAUCUCUAAGAAGCAAAAUUUUCAAAUGCGAGCUGCUUUGAUGUGGACAAUAAGUGACUUUCCUGCAUAUUCGAUGUUGUUUGGAUGGAGUACUGCAGGCAGGUUAGCAUGUCCAUAUUGUAUGGAGAAUUCUGAUGCUUUUACUUUGACAAAAGGUGGGUAAGCAGUCCUGGUUUGACAACCACCGUAAGUUUCUGCCACUUUAUCAUCCAUAUAGAAAGGAUAAGAACUCAUUUAGAAAGAACAGGGUAGUAACCAUGCCGCCUACCCCAUUACGAUCAGGAGAAGAUGUCUUAAAAGAGAUAGAAGAACUAGGACUUAAAAAGGUAACAGAACUUGGGGCUGAUAUUAUUAAUCGUCAGAUUAGUAAGUUUUCUGGUUGGAAGAAGAGAAGCAUAUUCUGGGAUUUGCCAUAUUGGAGUACCAAUCUCAUUCGGCAUAAUCUAGAUGUAAUGCACAUUGAGAAGAACUUCUUUGAGAAUGUGUUCAACACAGUGCUGGAGGUAGAUGGUAAAACAAAAGAUAAUCCCAAAUCAAAAGAAGACUUGAAAGAGUUCUGUCGACGCCCUGAAUUACAUGCUGUUGAUGGGAAGUAUCCGAAAGUUAUUUACACAUUGAAAGAAGAGUCAAAAAAAUUGUUGUGUGAAUGGGUGAAAAAUCUAAAAUUUCCUGAUGGAUAUGUCUCGAAUAUGGGAAGGUGUGUGAACAUGAAAAAACACAAGUUAUUCGGUAUGAAAAGUCACGAUUGUCAUUUAUUUAUGCAAAGAUUGGUACUUGUUGCAUUCCGUGAGCUAUUACCCAAAAAAGUGUGGGAAGCACUUAUUGAGAUGAGCCUUUUCUUUAGGGAUAUCACUUCUACAGUAAUUCGUGAAGAGGAUAUGGUAAGACUACAACAAAAAAUACUUGAAAUACUUUGUAAAUUAGAGCGUGUAUUCCCUCCUAGCUUCUUUGACUCAAUGGAGCAUCUCCCUGUGCAUCUCGCUUACGAAGCAAUGAUAGCUGGUCCGGUACAAUAUCGAUGGAUGUAUCCAUUUGAGAGAAAUCUCCAAAAAUAUAAAUAUAAUGUUCGAAAUAAGGCACAUGUCGAAGGAUGCAUAUGCAACGCACAUAUAGUUGAGGAAGCUUCAUCAUUUUGUUCACACUACUUCGAGCCUCAUGUUUACACAAGGCAUAGAAAAGUGCCACAGAAUGACGAUGGUGGUAUGGAUGAACAAGAUGGAUACGAUGAUAAUCUUUCUAUAUUCACCUAUCCAGGUCGGGGAUUUGGGGAACUAAAUCGUAGAUAUCUUACUGAAGAAGAACUUAAAGCAGCUCAUAUUUAUAUUUUACUAAAUUGUAGAGAAGUGCAGCCAUAUGUGGAGAAAUUUAUUGACUCUCUUCAUCAAAUGUUUCCACAAAUUACGGAGCAGGAAGUGGACAGAAAGCUUGAUGAAGAAUUUGCAUCAUGGUUCACAAGAUAUGCCCGAGUCCACAUAGAUAAUCAGUUCAUCAAGGCGCUUGCAGAAGGUCCAUGUCGAUCAGCGAAGCCAUACACUGGUUAUAAUAUCAACGGCUUUAAAUUUCACACUAAAGGACGCAGUUUGUCUAGAGCAUCUAAUAACAGUGGAGUUUGCAUAAAAGGAACAAAUUAUAGUGCAGAUGAGAAUGACUACUAUGGUGUGCUUACUGAAAUUCUUGAAUUGGAGUACAAGGGCAGUACACCAAUCAAAAGAACUGUUUUAUUUAAAUGUGAAUGGUUUGACCCCACACCAAACGUAGGAAUGAAGAUUCACCCACAAUAUAAACUUGUGGAUAUCAAUCAUAGAAGAAAAUUGAGGAAGUACGAACCAUUUGUUUUGGCAAUGCAAGCGACUCAAGUGUAUUAUGCUACUUAUCCUAGCUUACGACGUGAUAAGAGUGAUUGGUGGGCUGUGUGCAAAACAAAAGCUCGGUGUAUUGUGGAUAUGCCUCCAUCAUCUUUAGUGUCCCCUCUAGUAGAUGUUGCUGAGCCUUUCCAAUGUGAUGAAGAUGGUUUAAGAUUUGAUGUAGUGUCCGAUAGUGAAACUAUUGUCCAGAAUGAUCCAAAUGGCGAAUUCAUAAACUUGAGAGAUGAGGAUGAUAAUUUAGAUGAUGAGACAGAGUUUCAUGAUGAAUUAGAAUAAGAAUCAGAUGAUGAA